ACCGGCAGUGGUGUUACACCGACUGUUGACGGUGUAACACCACACUGGAGAAGACGCUUGCAUCCCUUCAUUGUAAAUUGUUUUUUAGCUCCAUUUAUUCUCCUUUAAAUAUCUUUAAUUCAUCGUAAAUGAGUUGCAGCGGAGACAGCGAUGAUGACAGCAGUUGUAAGCGGAAGGUGGCUUAUGUUUACAGCCCGGAAUACAUCCAGACUUGCGAUAGUUUAUCCAAAGUACCAAACAGGGCAAGUAUGGUCCACUCACUGAUAGAAGCCUACGGACUCCUUAAACACAUGAGCGUCGUUAAACCUCAGGUAGCGACCAUCGAGGACAUGGCCAAGUUCCACACAGACUCUUACCUGGAGCAUCUUCACAAGAUCAGCCAGGACGGAGACAACGACGACCCGCAGUCCGGAGACUACGGCCUGGUCAGCUGUGACUUCAGGUUUUCAUGCCGCGGCCCUCCUCCUCCUCAUCCACCUCCUCUUCAUCACAUCUCCUCAUCACAUCCAGAUCUUCAGCAUCAUCACCAGUGUCUCGACCCCGGGGGGUUCCCUAUAUGCUCACGGCUGCAUUUCCCCCUUUAAGGUAGGGACACACCAAGCUGACGCCAAAGAACUCACACAGACUGCUGUGUCGCCUCAGAUAUACCACUUCAGGAUCGGGGUCUAAUCGCCAAAGACUUCACAUUUAUCAUAUGACAUGUGUCAAGAAAUGUUCUUUAAACAAAAUGAAGUCUCUCCUGAUUGAACUGUAAAUGAGCAACACAUCAUUAUGUGUUUCUUUACCAGGUCAAAUGUCUGCGUUGAAAAAGGACUUCAUCUCUCCUGCU